AUGUCGUUCUUGCUGAAUUGGUUCGAACCAACUUUCAAUGCAUUCAACCCGUUCAAUUCCCUCCCCUUCGACCUCCGCUGGCGGCUCCUCGUCUUCCAACCCAUCGUCCUCUUAAUCAAUUUAAUGAAAUACACCCCCUGGAUUCUCUCUCGCAGCUACACCACAAUCCAUAUUCCGAACCGGCACGGUUCUCCUCUACGAGCCCUGAUUUUCCACCCACCGGCCCUCAAACUUCAAACCGACAAAGAGUCCACUGCCCUUGCCCCUCUCCACGUCUCCAUUCAUGCCGGAGGAUUCAUGGGCGGCAUCCCAGAAUACAACGCCGCAUUCGCCUCGCGUCUCUCCUCCCACACUGGCGCCGUCGUCGUCUUACCCAGCUACCGGUUCGCGCCGCUGCACCCCUUCCCUGCCGCCAUCGACGACAUAGACGACGUCUUCGCCUGGCUACGAUCCCACGCCGCACAGCGCCUCGGUGCCGACCCAUCCCUCCUCACCGUCAGCGGCUUCAGCGCCGGCGCGAACCUCGCGCUCGCAGCCACGCAGCAGCAGCAGCAGCCAGACCAUCCCAGCGCCAGCGCCAGCGCCACGGCCACGACCGAAAUCAAAGCCAGCGUGACCUUCUACGCGCCCGUCGACCUCCGCUCCCCGCCGCACGAGAAGCCCAAGCCCGCCGGCUUCCCGGGAAUCACGGGCCCGAUAGCGGCCAUCCUGCCGCUCUCGGACGCGUACGUCGCCAGGAGGAGGAGCGGGAGCGGGGCGGCUCUGGGACUACUCUCGCGCGACGACGACCAGAAGAACCUGACGGACCCGCGCCUGCACCCGGCGCUGGCGGAGCUGCGUACGCUGCCCGAGCGCAUGCUGUUCGUCAUCCCGACGCUGGACAUCCUGCUGCACGAGCAGCUGGUGUUUGUGGAGCGGCUGAGGCGAGAGCUGGCGGAAAGUAGUAGUAGCAGUAGCGACGACAGCAGGAGGGCUGUGGAGAGUUUGAUUGUGGAGGGGCAGUGGCAUGGAACCUGA